UCAUCACAUGCUCAUCCAACAACAACAACAACAAGAACAACAGGAACGCCAUCAGCAACAUUAUUCGUAUCAUCAGCAUCAGCAUCAUCAUCAUGAGAUCAAGGCUGGGUCCUAUUCUUCUCCUUCUUCAUCAUCAUCUAAUAUCCAACAAAAUUCAACACUUGUUCUCGUGGAUGAUAAUGGAUUAUCACCUUUACAAUUACCUGCUCAAGCUCAACAACAAUAUCAUCAUCGACGUGAACCAUCUUGUGAUUCCACCAUGACUAUUACUAAGAAUGCUCUUGUUGCACCACAAUCGUUUUUGUCCAUGCCUUUGUACAGGUCAAAUAGCAACGAUGAUCCUUCUUCUUUUGUCCAUUCAACUUGUCAGGUUACGCAAACCGAUUGUUAUAAUCAACCAAGACAACAUGGAAUGCUUUCACCAACCUUAUCAAGGAUGAACUCUUUGGAAGAUACGGAUUUACCCAUCUUUAUUACUGAAACUGAACCAAUUUUGGACGACGACAAUGAUAGCAUUUCAAGUGAUUGUUUAUAUCCCCAACAACAAGUCGUCUUUAUCAAGAUUAACAAACUGGGAAACUGGCGCAACAAGAAUAGUGCUGGUAACAAUCGUCUUUUAUCCAAUGUUACUCGGUGCCCUACUUCUUUCACUUAUUUGGCUAGUGACGAAGGUUAUGAUGAAGACAUAGAUGGCAAGGAUCAAAUGGGUGAAAUAGAAUCGGCUUCUGUAUUCUUACCUUUGGAAGAUGAUAACGAUGAAACUGAACAAUCAACCAACAACAAGAAUAAUAAUGAUUUAGUACAAAAAACUUGGACCACAUUCCAACAACAACAAGUAAUAUGGAACAAUCGCAUUCAACAUUUGGAACAACAAUUGAACGAAGAAAGAGCUAUGCGACAAGCUUUUGAGAAAGCAAUGGAAGAUAUGACAGUGUUGAUGGACCAACAGCAAAAAGUACUUUAUGACCGCCUGGACCAAGAAAUCAAUAUGCGACAAGUCUAUGAAGAAAAGAUGCAUCAAACCCUGACUCAUGUUCAACCCCUUGAAGCUCGACUAGAAAAGGAAACAACCGCCCGCAUUCAAUUGGAACAAACAAUGGCCCAUGUUUUGGAUCAACUGGAACAUCUGCAUACCCAACAUCAACAACAUGUCAACGAUGACGUUCUACAGCAUACACAAAUGCAGAAAAAAUUAGACAAAGCUAUGGAUGACAUUACUCUUUUGACCAAUACCUUUUCAACAUCAUCAUCGACAUCAUCAGGACGUACACCAACCAAAAUCAAUAAUAUGACAAAAUCCUCUGCUACUCCUGUAAAUCAUCAUCGUUCUUCAAUAGUACCUUACAACAAAAUGACGUCAUCUACAAAACCACCAACUUCUUUAAAGACAAACGCCAAUCCUGUCUUGAAACCUUCUUCUGUUGCUGCACGAUCAACCGCUUCCGGAACUAUCGUCAACACUAAUUCUCCCCGGAGGACAACAACAACAACAACAACAACAAACAAUCGACCAAGAACAACUAGUAUCGUACCAUCAUCAAGGCGAAGCAAAUUUCCUACAAAAUCCAAUAUUGACAAUGACGCCAAAGUACCUUUGACAGGAAAAGCCCGCUUGGAAUCUCAGAAGCGAUCGAUCACUACUGACGCCACUCAAUCAUCAACAUCCACAUCAUCAACUUAUAGGACGUUUGGUACUUCAUCGAUAGGUUAUUAGGAUAUACCCGCAUCCCCUUUAUUUUUAUUUUAUUAUUGUUACUUUAUUAUUUUGUUAUAUGUUAUUCAUGUCUUGCAUUUCAAUUCUCUUUUUUUUUUUUUUUCUUUCUUU